CGCGCGCUCGCGUCCUCCGCGCCGGCGCGCACGGCGUGGCACGCGCGCGGCGAUCGCGCCCGAGAACGACUGAGAGCUCAUGGACGAGCGCGCGGCGACGACGCCGUCCGCCGAAGCAGACUCGCAGAUGACGUCGCGCAAGCCGAAUCGCGGAAGUAAAGUCGCGCCCGGGAACGAGUCCGCGGGCGGAGACGAAACCGAGACCAAAGCCAAGCCCGAGGACGGCACGCGCGCGAAGCAGGAGCGCUCGCUGAGGCUGAAACAAAGGAUCGACCGAGCGAAACUCCGAUUCUGCCUCUGGCUGACGCUGGUGUUCCUCUUCUGGUCCGUGUACGUCGAAUACCGCGUACACGAGGAGCUGAAAAGCGACGGUUGCCUCGGAAAAAUUAACGAGUUAACCUGCCCCGCGCUCGCGGAGUACGCCACGGUGCAAGAUGAGAUGUGCGAGCACAAUCACAAGAUGAAGGCGGUGUCCACGAGCGGGUACGUGCUCGCGGUGACGCUGUUGCUUCAAUUAGCGCUGUUGACCGCGUCGAUCGAUCUGCAGCACGCGGCGGAGAUCCACGAGACCCCGGACGAGCUCCAGAAGAGAAGCGCGAAGCUUCCGAUGGACGCGUGGAUCGCGUUGUUAUCCCCGCAAGUCGCCGUGCUCGUGACGCAAUGGAAGCACGUCGACUUCAGCGGUGGAUUUGGAUCUUUCGUCGCGACCACGGGCAUUUUCGCCGUGGCGAUCCUCGGGAUCGUCCUCGGACGCGUUUACCUGCGGAGAGUUCGGCGAAACCUGCACGAAGCGCACGGGCCGAUGGCGUCGCGUUGCGUGAAGCACCACCUCAUCAAGCCGAACCUCGCGGUACUCGCCGUGGAGUUGUACUGCGUCGUGCACGUGUUCAUCGCGCUGGACUUUCUAGGGGACGAUCGAUACCGAUGGAUUCAAUCCGUGGACGCGAACCCGCGGACGUGUUACUCGUACUAUUACAAAUCCGGGCUAUUCCAAGGCAGCAUGUUCGUGUGCUUUCACGUGACGUUGACGCUGCUCGUGUACUUUUAUCUCGCCGCGUCUGGCGCGAUACACGUAGCGUCGACGGCGAAGAGCUCCGGCGGCGAAGGCGAAGGCGAAAGCGAAAGCGAAAGCGGGGAUAAAUCUAAAUACAUCGGAGCCGCGAUGGUGAUCGGUAAGCAAAUGGCGCAGCUCGCGUUCAUGGUCGUCACCGGGUUGACGAUCGGGUAUUUCAGCGCGUUGCACACGGAGACGAUAUUCAGCAACGUCGAGUGUGCGUUUUACGCUUUUUUAUUCGUCACGUUAUGGGUCUUCGUUAUCGCUGGCAUCAUGCUCAUCCGGAGUAACGACGCCGCCGUGAAAAUGAGGAACCUUCUCCCUCAGACGAACAAGAAGUAUCACGUGUUUUUAUCGCACAUGCAAAACAAAGGGCAGAUGCAAUGCGAAGUCAUCGAUAAAGAGAUGAGAGAGCGCGGGGUAAUCUCAUGGAGGGACCAAAACCAGAAAAUGGGCGAACUAGACCAGGAAGCGAUGGCGCAGGGCAUCAAGGAUAGCAUCGUGUAUCUCCUAUUCUUCGCCAAAGGCACUUUAAGGGAAUCUUGGAUGGUGCGAUUCGAAUUGAAAACAGCGUUACGUUUGAAAAAGCCCGUCAUCGUCUUGUUUGAGACAAAACAAGAAUUUGGCGGACACGGCG